AAAGCUCAGGUUCCUUUGUCUGUAAAGAGCUUCAGGCUACUAAUAAAGUUUGACUCCUCCUGGUUCCAAAGGUCCUGAAAACAAUCUGUGAGAGCCAGACGAGGAGAGAGGGAUGGGAGGGCAGGAGGAGGCCGGAGCUCCUUCAGCAGGGAAGAAGCAGCAGAAAAGCUCCAAAGAAGUUUAUUUCUGUGUCCUGCCAGACAAAUAUGAACCUCUGAUUGAGGAGGAGAGAGAGGAGACAGAAGAGGAAAGGAAGAAGAGGAAAGAGGAGAAGAAGAACAAGAGGAAGAAGAGGUACAAGAAGUAUAGGAAGAACGUGGGGAAGGCGCUAAGCUUUAGCUGGCGCUGCCUACUGGCCGGCCUGCAGAGCAUGGCGUCCACCUACUCCACGCCGCUCUCCGCCAUGGCUACCGUGGUGACGGAGGUCGACCGAGCCAGCAGCAGCAGAGCCUGAUGGGAUACGGUCCAGGAGACGAUGGGAUCCUCAGAUUACAUCCAUAACGCUUGUGUUAACGUGACUUGUGACAGUUGUGUUUAAUUGUUUAUUUUUGUUGUUGUUGUUUUAUUUUUAGUUUUUUUUCUGGUUCUUCCUGUGACACAUUUACUGAAUUUGAUCGAAUAAAUCUUUCUUCAUCUA